GUGGACAAAUCCCAAGUGGAAUGCAUGGUUGAAGGGGGGGCACAUGGGAGGAGUGAAAGCAGAUGAGAGGACAUAACGGUCUGUCGGAAAGACCAUUUCUGUUUGCGGACUAUGUGGGACAGCACAGCUCAAGAUCUCUGUAGAUUUUAGUUUUUAAUUAUAGUCAUUAUAUAAAUAGUACUGACACAGUCUGUCAAUCUACAAAGACAGGAAAUGAAGGACUUUUCACAGUCAGAUCAAGGCGUCUCGCAACGACAAGGGACUCUUGUAACUCGAUCCGUUCGAUUAAGGAAUGAAUUGGUUCGAGUUGGACUUGCCGAAUGUCUUUGCACAUAUGUUAUGAUGGUUUUUGGCCUGGGUUCCGUAGCGCAGGUUGUGACUGGACAAGGAGCUUUCGGACAUUACAUCAGCAUCAACUUAGGCUUUGGGCUUGGUGUUGCAAUGGGGAUUCACGUCGGAGGAAAAGUUUCAGGAGCUCACAUGAAUGCAGCUGUGUCCUUCGCCAUGUGUACGUAUGGACGCCUGGUGUGGAAGAUGCUUCCUGUGUAUGUUUUUUCACAGCUGUUAGGGUCGUUUUUGGCUGCGGGGACAGUUUAUGCUGUAUAUUAUGGUAUGGACACAUAUGUGCAAGAAGAGUUAAGUACUGACCGAGUUGGUUUGAUUGCAUUAUUGAUGUGCAUGUUUGCAGAGGCAAUACAUGACUAUUGUGGAGGAAACCUGACUGUAACUGGUGUCAAAGCAACUGCUGGUAUAUUUGCCACCUAUCCCGCACCAUACCUCUCCUUGCUGGGUGGAUUCAUUGACCAGGUUUUUGGUACAGCAAUGCUGCUGUUGUGUCUGAUGGCUUUGUCAGACCAGAAAAACAAACCAGCAGCAACAUCCAGCGAGCCUGCCAUCGUGGGUGUCUUGGUGCUACUCAUCGGCAUUUCUUUGGGAAGCAACAGCGGAUACGCGAUCAACCCCACCAGAGACAUCGGACCGAGGUUAUUCACUGCCAUUGCAGGCUGGGGGCCUGAUGUGUUCAGGUCAGGAAAUGGUUGGUGGUGGGUGCCUAUUGUUGCCCCAACAAUUGGAGGUGUGCUGGGUGCGGGGAUUUACAAACUCUUGGUGGAACUCCACCACCCUCCAGUCUUUCAAACAUGCACUAGUGUUGAAAAGUUAGAAGAGGAGACUGCAUCGCUGGAAAAACAAAACAUCGACAAUGACGUAUGUGUGUGAGACCCCUCAAAUAUGAACGUGAAUCGCACGUCUACAGUUGAAACAUUCCAAAUUUACUGUGAAAAUCAAACAAAAAACAUCUCAAAUAUCUUACACUAACAAUUUAUAAAACCGGCAUCACUUAAAAUAGAAAGGGCUACUUACUAUUAUAUGCAAAUUCUCACCAUCCUGUUUACACACAGGAGGGAAAUGUUGGCUCGGCUAACAAGCUGAUACCCGAAACAGAUGUUUUCACCAACAGAGGUUGCAGUGUUUUAAUGCUGGUGUAAAAACUGAACUGGUCUGACUGAAUAUCACAAGCAUAAACAUACCUCUUACAUAAGCUUCAGUAGUAUAUUCAUAUUAUAUUGAGGAAUAAGGUGCCAUACAUUCAUAAAAACAAGUCUACUGGCAAAAAUGUGCAAAUGUGACCUAGGUGUUGGAACUACUUGGAAAAUACUUGAGCCUAAACUGAUCGAGCAUGCUGAGCCAUUUAUUUGAGAAACAUACCUUGCUGACUUUCUCGAUGGACUUACAUACAGUCACUUGUAAAUCCACUUGUUUCCUGUACUGUUCUACCUUUCUAAGUUCAAAUGGUUAAAAACACACUCCUCAGUGUAAACUAUUUUUCCUGCAGGAUUAUUUUGUUCUUAUUUAUGCAGUUAUCUUCUUCAAAUUACUGCGUUCUAUGUCAUUAUUUAUAUGAUAUGUUCCAAAAUUAAAUAUUUACAAUGACCAUAAUCAAGCCUCGUCAUACAACUACAUAAGCAGUACAAAAAAAAUGCAGAUAUCACUUAUAUGCUGCUGAUAGUUUUUUUUUUUUACCAGAGGUGCCGCCGCUUGUGAGCUGCAAAAAGAAGCCGUGAGCAUGGAUUCUCACUACUAAUAUGUAGUGGUUAAAUACUGCGACGAUACAGUACAGCUGUGAUUGUUUAGCGUGCACAAAAGAACCAGUUUCAUCGCUUUACUGCGCUGGGUUUCGCUCCGCUGCUUUGGCUUUUAGUAUUGCUCGCUAGGCUGCACGGUGCCGAUGGCUUCUUUUUCGGGGUGGGUACCUUGGCUUUGGUUUUAAAGGCCUUAGUGGGGUCGAGCUUGUUCAGGUGGGAGUCUCCGACAGUCACUCAGGCUGAGAUCAUUUCUGAAAGUCAGCGGCUGGUACAGUGAUGCCCACUGCUGUCGAGAGAAGAUAUGUUAUUAUUAUUAAUAAUGUUAUUAUUAAUAUUAUUAUUAUAAUUUGAAUGUUGUAUCAGUUUAUCUAUAAACAUUGCAUGGCAAAAAAAAUAAAACA